CAGGGGUUUCCUACUGACUACAGCAGUCGCGGCACAAGAAGUGUCUGCCAGAGGCAGAGGCAGAGGCUGAGCAGCAGGAGACCGACGACGAGAACAACAUGCAGGCACGACAAGCACGACGCAACACACAAUUCAUCGCGCCUCACCACGAGCAAAACGACGACACGCAGGCGCGACAGGCAGGUCGCAACGCACAAAUCACUGCGCCAAACGAUGAGCAAGACGACGACAGCGAGACGGAAACCGCACGAUCACGUCGUACGAUACAUUCCUUCUGUUUUCGCAGGACUUGGUUCAAAAUGGCCGCUACAGGGCAUACGCGACCGGCCAGUGACGGUGAAAGCUCAGCUGUUUUAGGCUGCAGCGAAUGGCAGGAAUUACCGCGCCGCCGCUGUCGGCGAGGUGGAACACGCACGGAAGCGUAGAAAGCGUGC